AAUGAAUAUGACUUGGCCGUAGUCACUAAUGUAAAUAAACAAAUGGAAACAUAUGUAAAUGCUACCACCACUCGUUUUACUCAUUUAACAAACCAACUUUUAGAAUGUGCAAAGAACAGCUCACCAAAACGCAUAGCAAAGGUUACAGGAGAUGAUCCAAACAAUUCUUUUGCUGCAUUAGAGACAACCAAUGAGAACAACUUGAAUGACCUUACAGCAUCUGGAUUACUUGAUGAAA